CCCCUUCCCUAGAUUCAUCAUCCUCUCCAUCUUCCCUACCAAUCAAAGAGAGAGAAAGAAAAGAUGGAAUGUUCAUUUGUUUCCCAUGCAAUAGCCCUCCUCUUUACCCUUCAACUCACUACUUCCAUGGCAUUCCCCCCUUCUGAUCAAACAAACACAGACUUCAUCAAAACCUCAUGCAGCAACACAACAUACCCUCAACUAUGCUACACCACUCUCUCCAGCUACGCCAACGACAUUCAAGACAGCCCCAAACUCCUAGUCAAGACUUCCCUCACCGUCACUCUCACCACUGCCCAAUCAACCUCCACCGCCAUUUCAAACCUCUCGAAAAGCCAUGGCUUGAGCCCCAUGGAGGCUUCAGCCAUGAGCGACUGCGUGGAGGUGCUCGGAGAUGCGGUGGACGAGCUGCAAAAGUCCAUUGCAGAGAUGGGGCUAAGUGAAGGAACCAAUUGGGGACUUCAAAUGAGUGAUAUACAGACAUGGGUGAGUGCGGCGUUGACAGAUGUCGACACAUGUAUGGAUGGAUUUGCUGGACAUGCCAUGGAUGGGAAUAAGGUGAGGGAUAAAGUGAGAGGAAUUGUUGUGAAUGUUGCACAUAUGAUUAGCAUUGCUUUGGCUCUUAUCAACAACAACUAUGCCUCUUCCCAACCUAUUUUCUCACCUUAGUGAUAUAUUAGUAAUUGUGGUGUAAGCAUGUAUUUGGUUCACUUCCUCUGCUUUUUCUCACUUUUUUUGUCUCUCAAAUAUCAUUGUUCUGCUACUAGGAAGAAGCAUAAUAUUCAUUGAAAAAUAUUGGUGUAAGCAAAUAUUCCUAAUAUUUGUGGGAAUACGAAGCAUCCACGACAAUAAGACUUGAAUUCAGGAAGAAGAACACUAGGCAAAGCCUUCGUCUUGGGAAUGGGAAGCAUUUAGUGAUGUUAUAUUUGUGCAUAUCUGGAUUUGUAAGUGUGGAUUAUUUAAUUGUGUUGUAAUAUAAGCAUUAAUAUAAUUUAUUUCAGAUCAAA